GGUCAUGUUUUUGGCACAGUUGUACCUCAUUCCAUCACUUGCAACAAGUGUUGCACCAGAGGAAAAACCUGCAACCUGUGUACUUAUAGAUUAAUUAAAACACUUGGUAAAACGUUAAAUUCUACAGGGACUUUUAGGGAUUUACUUGUGUGUGUGUGUGUGUGUGUGUGUCGUGUAGCAUUGCAAUUACAACGGUUGUGUUAACUUGCAAAAUAAAGUUCCAAAAAUUAUACAUUUAUUUUUGUUGAAAUCUCACAUUAAAAUAAAUUUAGCACAAUGUUGUGGAUUUCAAUUUACAACACUGCAGUAAGUCCUUGUGCUGCAUGCUCUGCAUGGGUUUAGAUUAUAUAUUUGUCAGGUAUGCAGAUGUGGGUAUUUGAUUUCAUUUGUUCCAUACUCAGCCUUGCCUUCACUCCACUUACAUAAACACAUAUUUGCUGCAGCACACUCCCAUGUACAUGCUUGAUCAGAAAGCUCACAGAUGUCACCUGUGAUCCUGCACAGAUCUUUCUUUUUAACUCUCAGGCUCAAAAUAAGUUUUGAUAAAAGGACGAACAACUAAGUCCUUAAUAAUGCUCAUGAAAUACGUAUGUGGAAUAACCAGGUAGGUAGGAUUUAACUGUUGCAAAUCUGCAACGCCUGCCUCCAGAGAGUUAAAUUGCACCUCCUUCUGUCCCUUUUUGUUGUGUGGGGUCUCCCCUGUCCUCUAGCAACUUAAGGCUCAGAUUCCAGUGUCACUGCUGCAGCUCGAGCUAUUAAUACGGUUUGUUUAGUCAGUUUCCUAGCAGGCUGCAUCAAACACUGGAUGGCUGUCGCUGAUUAUAGCUGGGACUUGUUCCCCCACACCUGCUGAGCCGGAGAAAUCCAAGUUAACGGAGCCACUUUGGCAGUCGCUCAAUGAGAGGAGGAGGAAUUAGGGUGCUUUGACUGCUUCCAUGUCCCUGUGGAUAAAAAGGAGGUGAAAACAGGUGGAUUUGAUGUCAGUGCUUGCGCUGAAUAUCGGCGAUGCGUGUUGAGAGUGCUGUAACUAGCUGACUGAUUUAUUGUCUCCCACUGGUCGGAGGUCUGAAUAAAACUGACAUUUAUAACAGAGCAUUAAAAUGUUGUUUUUUCAGUUCCUAGAUUACUCCCAGAGUUUUCUGUCAGCCCAUCUGGCAGGGACACAAAUCUACAACAGUGGUUCUUUCGAUGUGUGCUGUGUGGAAUUUAGCAAAGAUAGUGGUGCAGUCUGAUGAUCUAACUCCUGAUUUGUUGUUUUAUCAAAAACCAAGGGAUUUAUGUGGAGGAGGAAUAAUAAACAGAAUUUUGAUUGGAGGUUUCCUUGACAACAGAUGGUGUUUUUCUCCCAUGUCACCAGCAAUUUAUUAACUUUCCAUGAAAUCAAAUCCCACAUUUUACGUUACUGCCAGCCAGCCAAGUGGACAUCUACCAUGUCUUUAGUAAUAUGCAAAUUCUUAAAAUCUGUUCCCACUCCUGAUGCCAGAUGUGUCUGUUUCCCCACUCAGUUCACACCCUCGGUAUAACGAGUUUGAUGCAGAGGCUUGUUUGUAGAUGCAUCUCUACACAUAGACUCAGCGAGUUGGAAGCACUUUGUGAAGGCCAUGGCACCGACCCGUUUUCUUUGUCCAUCAAAUGGGAAGUCUGCAAGAAGCCAAACGUCUGCACUUCAUAGGCUUUUUGCAGAGAGGAGCGACUUUUGCCUGCACAGACUGCUUUUGCUUCUUAAAACACAGAGCUGAAAGAAUGAAACAAUGGUGAGGUCCAUUACUAGCUCGGCAUCAUGGGAGCGUCGUAUUCCAGCUCAGAGCUUCGGUAAUCAUGUGUUGGCUCUGGGGCAGCUGAGGGAGAGAUGAAGGGAGGAAAAUACACUGACUUCAACACUGGGAACACUUUCAGACAUUUAUGCCUCGCCAAAGUAAUGAAUAAUCUGUCCCACUCAAUAAUGUUAGGCCACAUGUUCAACCCAUAUAGUGCGUAAACAAUGGUAUACGAUGAUACAUGAAUGGCAUUGUAGUCUGUAGCUGUUCUUUGAUAUGUAACAACGUGCAUCUGAAUGUUGGUGGCCUCUGCACCGUCAGUGGGACGGCGUUGUGUAAUCGCUACCAGACGUCACUUUGAGCCAGCUGACAAUGCUGAAACAUUCAUGUCUGUCGCCACCCCACACCCCCUCCCUGUUGGUGCUCCUAAUUUUGUUUUAAUGAGUUAUUUUUCUUAACUUUCCAGGACGUUUAGUCCAGCAGAGUGGUGAAAGCCAGGGUGGGGCGGUUUGGUGGAGUUGGGGUUGAAUUGCUGAUAGGAGCGAUAUUUAGAGUUGGCUCUUGUUCUAUAAGCUCUUAAAAAUGGUACAAAUCUAUAAAAUGACUUAAACGUUGGUUAGGAAAAAAGCUGUCUACACACAUCUCAACAUAAAUACAAAAUAAAACAUUUUAAGGCAUUUUAGUCAUUUUUGUUUACUUUUACAUCACUUCUUCAAUUGGCAAAGCACAAAAUGCUCAGAAAUACUAAAUAAUACUGUUUGUCUUCUUAGCUGACGGUCAUACUUUUGCCAAGUGAUCGUUUAACACCUUGACCAUGUUCCGUCACUGUUUUCUGAAGUCGUUGUGAUGCUCAAACUGAAAGCCGAUCAGAGAGAACCUGCCACAUCAGCGGGAGACACUGAGCAUAAGAAGAAAGGGAAGGUGUUGGAGAGAUAGCGAGAGGGAGGGGUAAUAAGAGAACAAGUGGCUGUGAGUGAGCUGAAGGUGGCAGGAGAGGGAGACGUAUUUUUGUGAACGUUAGCCGACGUUCUUCUUCACUGUGAGCAGCUCCUCAUUGGCCAACCAGAAGCCCCUCUGCGUGAAGGAAGGAUCACCAGGGAAACUUCCCCUCACUGCCUCUGUGCAUGUUUUCCUCCGUGCCAGGGUUAUUUUUAAACCACAUUCGGCUUCCUGCUCAGACUACAAGCCGCAGCAUCCCUGUUUUGUUUUGUUUUUGUUUUUUGUUUUUUUGUCAGGAUUUGCCUGUUCAGAGAUGUUCUCUUCUUCUCCUCUCCCACAGUUACACUGCAAGCUCUUUGCAAAAAUGGGGGACGACAAACCUUUUGUGUGCAGCGCUCCAGGCUGUGAACAGAGGUUUACCAAUGAGGACCACUUGGCGGUACACAAACACAAACAUGAGAUGACGCUGAAAUUCGGACCAGCCAGGACCGACUCGGUUAUCAUUGCAGAUCAAACACCCACCCCUACCCGCUUCCUUAAAAACUGUGAGGAAGUCGGUCUGUUCAAUGAGCUGGCCAGCUCCUUUGAUCAAGAUGAAGAUGAAAAACGAGCCAAGAAUUCUCUUACAGCAGCAAACUCUGUGGCAUUGGACAUGAGCCUGCAGACCCAAUCAGACGUGAAGGUAAAGAAAGAGGCACCUGUAGAGGUGGACUCCUCACCACCAGGCAGCCCUGAAUCCAUAUCUGGACAUUCAGAAGGCAGCAGCGAGCCCAUCACUAAAGGAAAGAACACGCCUCAGAGGAAUUCAGCCCCCACUCCAACUAUUGUGCGUCCGGGAUCCCUUCCACUACAUUUGGGCUUUGAUGCUCUUCACCCCACCAUGCCAUCACCCACUUCGGUCAUCACGCAAGCACCACCUUCAAAUCGCACUUUGGGCUCUCCGACCAGCCACUACCCAAUGAUGAUGCUUCCCUCUGGUCAGCCAGUGCCUGUGCUUCCUGGUCCUGUACAGAUACCGUCUGUCAUUAAUCUGGUGCGACCCAUGUGUAUGGUACCCAACAUUCCUGGGAUCCCCGGGCCCCCUUUGGGAGGCAGCAGCAGCGGCUCCAACUCCCCCUCUGGCUACAGCAUCCAGUCAGAGGCCAAGAUGCGUCUGAAGGCUGCACUGUCCCAGCAGAGCCCGUCUGGACAGAACAUGGGGAUCAUGGCUAUGGGCAGCAGCCCCAUGGUGCCUCAGAGAGCAGAACAGAGCCAGGUUCUCGUCCAGCAUCCAGAUGCUGCCUCACCUGCACAGCCUCAGGUAUCUCCAGCGCAGCCUACAGGUGGGCGUCGGCGGCGAACGACAGACGAUGACCCAGAUGAGCGAAGGCAGCGCUUCCUGGAGCGGAAUAGGGCGGCGGCAUCGCGCUGCAGACAGAAACGCAAGCUGUGGGUCAGCUCUCUGGAGAAAAAGGCAGAGGAGCUGAGUUCUCUGAACGUCUCGCUGUCGAACGAGGUGUCUCUGCUGCGGAACGAGGUGGCUCAUUUAAAGCAGCUGCUGCUGGCCCACAAAGACUGUCCAGUAACCAACCUACAAAAGAAGACGGCCUAUUUGGCUGCAGAAGACAGUUUGAAAGACACCUCAGAGCCUACAGGUUCCCCAGCCCCAGUGAUUCAGCACAGCUCUUUGGCACCGAGUCCCUCUGCAGGCCACAACGGUCUCAGCUCAAGGGCGGCAGAAGAGGCCAUGGCCAUGUCUGUGCUGGCGGGGAUGGGCCAACAGCAGAGGGCUGAGAGCAGAGCCUCUCACAUCAUCAUGGCUGCACAGUCUCAGUCUGCUGCCAGAUGAUGAGCAGCACCAGCGCUGGCCCACACUUGGCUCCUGUUGUCAUCACCACCUACCACCUUCAAGUGUAAAAUUCACAUCUUCUGCUUCCUUCCUGUGGAGCCAUCACGCUGUGGCCUGGAGCUCAGCAGCAGCCUUCUGGUAAUGGACUGAGACUUUUGGGAGAGCGUUCUGUUCCCUUUGCCAUAAACUACAGGGGCUGGACUCCAAAUCUAAAUCUAUCCCCCACCACCACCACCAUCCUGCUCUUUUAUCUGUGUAAAACGACUCGUGAGGUGACUGUACGGGAUUGCAAUGAUCUGUCCAGAUGAACGACAUGUACACAGUCGUCCUCCGUCAAAUUAGAUCCAACACAUGGGGCUGUAGCCUGGUUUCAGCCAGGCGUAGUGCCUUGUGUUCUUGGAUUCUUGAGCCACACGCACACACACAAUACCUGCAAACUUGUACCUUUUUGGUGAGAAUCGACAUUUUUGAAGGCAAGUCUGGUGUUCGCGUGAAUCGUAUGGAUCCAAAGAGUUUUGCUUUGACUUCUCAGUAGCGCCUCUCACAGCCAGUAUGACUACUGAAGCUUCAGCACCUCGCAGCGGUUUCGAGCUUAAAGUUCGUCAAAUCAAACAAAAUCACCACUAAAUAACAUAAUUUUCUGUCAAGGACUUCAGCACGUUUACCUCCUUUAACCCCAUUAAAACCUAAUAUUGGCAACAUAAAUGCUUUUUUUCUGGUAAGAAAUGGCUGCCAGCCUGCUACAGCUUUAUUUGUUUAACCCUCCCACUGUCCUAAUGGGUGUGACCCCGCGAGGAAAGUUGACCAUUGAGCAGGAUUGAUGGUUUAUCCCUUGAGGUCCACGUGGCAGAGGUGAGGUGGUGCUCACUCCUCACCUCUGCCACGUGGACCUCAAGGGAUAAACCAAUCCUGCUCAAUGGUCAACUUUCCUCGCGGGGUCACACCCAUUAGGACAGUGGGAGGGAUAAAUUACAUCCCAAUUUAUUGAUUUAGGCACUAGAAAUUUUUAAGUGACAAUGUGUAUUUUCCCUGGCAAUAGGGGGCAGUACAUAUCUAAAUUAUUAUAAGAAAGCAGUAUUUUUGUGUUGGAGUAAGACCUUACAAACGGAUGGCCAUUAGGGUCAAAAGUUCCUGGGAGCGCAACCUCCAGCAAAAUGACAAGAACAUCAGACUCGCUUUCAUCACAGACAACGAGCGGAGAGAUAAAUGUGUAAAACAACGUUUAUGAAUGCAGAAAGUUUUAUAACCAUUUGUUACAAGUCAGUGAAUGCAUCUUGUCCUCACGGGCUCCCUCUAAAAGAAAAUAAGGCGUCUUAUAUGGUGUCACUCCGACUUGGACCCUCUCCCGGGAAUUUUAGACCCGAUGUCUAUGGUUAUAUGCACAAAGCCGCCAAUAUUUUUCAACAACUGGACCUCAUUUAAUUCAUUUUCAACAACAUUUCGAAGGAGAUUUCCAGAGAUUAAUGGUAAAAACUACACAUCGUCUCUUUAAGGAUGCUGGAAUACAAACUGAGAAAAGCUGCAGCUCUUUCUAAACUUUUAAUCACAACCAACUGAUCAGAGCAGCAGCACUCAUGAACACAUAACAAUAACUUCUUAAGGGUGAUUACAGUAUUCUGGAAUAUUUUCAGAUGUUUUCAUAUUUGGUAGUCUCAAUAAUUAUAUAAUGACCCCUAAUCAUUUUCUGAUCAGUUUUGUCAGGCAUAGUUUUUCUUUUCUACUGAGCAGAGGGACUGUCUAAACCUUGUGAUAGAAAAUGGUUUGCAUAAUGCAAAAAAAAAUAAAAAUAAAAAUAAAUUACAUUUAUGAUUUUUUUAAAACAAUUACAACAGAUUAUUAUAGCAAAAAAAAUAUGUAAGUGUCAGAGGUCACAAUAAAACCCACUAUUGCAAAUCUGCAGCAUGUGAGGGCCUUGUGUUCCCUGGGGUUUGUUGAUUUUAGCUGUCAUUUUACACCUUCCAAGUUAGCAGGUAUGUACACACACACACACACACACACACACACACACACACACACACACACACACACACACACACACACACACACACACACACACACACACACACCUCCGUACAUCUUCAGCUCAAAAGAUCAUCAACAUGAUGUUCAGAUCUUUAUAACUCAGCAGAUCUUUUGAAAAUGGUUCCACUUCAAUGUGAUUUUAACACAAACUCAUUAACCUUACCUCCUAAACACCCCAUUUAUGGUCAAACGUAUUAUCUGUGUGUGUGGUUGUAUAUUUAUGUAGAGCAGACAUAGUAGUUAACCUACUUCAGAGUUAUUAGCUGGGUUGUAAGCAUGUGACUUUUUAUGAUUGGGUGAAAUCUGUGCAGCUCUCUGAUUUGAACUCAGCAGCAUAUCAUCCUUCCCAUGUUAGUCCGUAGAACCAAAAUUCAUUUGUUUAUAACUUCAAAUCAAGCAUUUUUAAUCUGACUUGAAGGGAAUUGAACCUCUAGCUUGCUUCAGGUGUUUCUAAAAAACACAAAAAACUUUUGAACUGAUUUGUAAGUCCAUUGCCUUUAAGACAAAAUAUAUAUAAAAUGACCUUAGUGACUGUUUUUCUGUGUGGGUCCAGGACUCCAUAUAACUGUUAUUUCCACCCUUCUCAGGAUGGUUGAUCAUCCUUGCUGCUUUUUGGAAGUGCAAUGAACCUUCUAGUCUCUUUGCUCUUUACCAAACCUAAACCAAGCCAUAAAGACAUGAGAAAAGAUCUGUGACUCUCCAAAGAUCACUUGCUGUUUAUUCUUAUGGUGUGACAGGAACACAGUCUAGAGUAUCACUGCUCGUUUAUUACUCUUUAAUUACCUCACACACCGUUUCUAAUGAAUUUUGCCUUAAAAUCACGUUUGUGCCUCAGAUUUGCCCUCUUAACAUUUACAGAUUUGCAGAUUAGACAAACAAAAGACUCUUGGAUUAAUACAUUUAAUUUGUUUAAGUUCGUCAAAUUAAAGACAGACUUUUUUUCCUUCUGAAGAUUGCUCAAUAUUUUAUGAAUCGACUGUUUUUAAUAAACUCCAAGCUGCUUCAGUGAAAGAUGAGUGUGAAAUGAUAGCAGGGCUUGUUUGUCAUCUGGUGGAGAAGUGCAGUGGACAGGAGAAACGCUUUAAAGGCUCCAGUUUUGCAGAAAUACGUUUUCCUUUUGUACUCCCUGUCCUUGUCUAAUUUGAUAUUUCAAAAGCAUGAAAGUCUGUGAUCAUACAGACUUGUCUCUAUGCACUAAAGUAACGAGAAGUUAUAGUAACUUUAUUUUUCUGUCCGGCCGAUCUGAAACCUUGCAGCGCUCCCCUGUCCCUGGGGUCCUAACACUUUCUCGUACUGUAUUUACAGUUCUGCCAUCUACUUUAAAGUUUUAACCUCUGACUGAACCUCUACUGUCCCAAUGGCGACCCUGGUGUUUGUUCGAACUUGUUGGCUCCAUAUUUAGUCAACGGUCCCAGAUAGAAUGUUUAUAUCAAAUGAGAAUUCAAACUUUAUUUAGCAUUCAUGUACUUGGUUUUAUUUUGUGUGAUGGGCACCUUUUUUGGUCAUUUCCUGUUUGUUUUUAUAUUUGUUCUUUUAUUUUUCUUAUAACACAUGAUUGUACUGAUGAAUAUAGAGGCUAAUUUCUUUAACAGCUACUCUGGUUUUCUCUCUUAACAGAACAGGUUAUCUUUGUUUCUACCUUCAAAGAUGAAUUUUGUCUGUCCUGACUAUCCUUGUCUAACUUAUUGUUGAAAUUGGUCAAUUUACAAUUUUCAUUUCAGUUUUUGACCUUUUCUUGUUAGAAUUUUUAUAUAAAAAGAGCAUUUUAAAGGAAGAAAAUGCAACAAUGUGUAAGUUGCACAUAGUAUACACUCCCAUUGUCAGACUGAUGGUUGUCAGAAAACAUGUGGUCCUGCACAUAUCUGUACUAUAUGAAUAUAUUUACUUUUCCAUGCAUGUCCGAGUGGUAUACCAUGAACACUUACAGUGCUGCAAUUUUAAUUAAAGAAACUACAUCCUAA